CACUCCUUGUCACAUAACCUGCAUGCACAUCAGCUCAGCCGGCAGUCAGAGAGCAGGAUCUGUUUGGCUGAAGAUGCCUUCCACCGUCUGGCUGUGGGCUCUUUCUGUGGCCGUACUGACGGGAAACCUUUUCAGCGCUGCUGCGUAUGAGCGAACUGAGAGGAACUGCUCCCUGACUCCACCGUAUCUCCCCAGCACAGCAGUAAAUACCACUCUCCAGCUGCAGGAGCUACGGGAGCAAAUGCUUCCCCUGAAUAUCUCUGCCUACAUCAUUCCUGGCACCGAUGCUCACCUGAGUGAAUACAUCGCCCCACGUGAUGCCAGGAUGGCCUUUAUGACUGGUUUUACAGGCUCUGCAGGCACUGCUGUUGUCACUCAAACUAAGGCGGCUCUGUGGACGGACAGCCGCUACUGGGUGCAAGCUGAGAGACAGAUGGACUGCAACUGGGAGCUGGAAGAAGAUGUUUCCAUCAUUAGUGUGGCAGAGUGGCUCAUCUCAGAGGUACCACCAGGAGGCAACAUCGGCUUUGAUCCCUUCCUCUUCUCCCUCCAGACCCAGGAAAGCUACGACAUGAGUCUCGAGUCCAGCAACCGCAUCCUCAAGUCCAUUCCUGUUAACCUGGUUGAUCAAGUGUGGAAGGAAAGACCUCCUCUCCCACCUUACAACCUCACCCGUCUGCCUGACAGAGUCAUACAAAGAACGUGGCAGAUGAAGGUGGAUCAGAUACGGAGUGUGAUGACGAGCAAUCCAUACCAGCCCACAGCUCUUCUGCUUUCAGCUCUGGAUGAAACAGCCUGGCUCUUCAAUUUGCGUGGAAACGACAUUCCUUACAAUCCCUUCUUCUACUCCUACACACUUCUAACAUUAGAUGAAAUCUGGCUCUUUGUCCACACAGACAGAGUGAGUGAGGACUUGAAGGUGUACCUGAGUGCCUCCUGUACCGGACCCCUCUGUGUGCAGCUGAAAAGUUACGACUCUGUUCGUGAACAUCUGAAAACCUAUGUGGCUCAGCCCGAGGUUAAAGUCUGGAUUGGUACAGAAUACACAAACUACGCACUUUAUGAGAUCAUAACACCUCAGGAGAAGCUAAUGACAUCCUCAUAUUCCCCCGUGUUGACAACUAAAGCUGUGAAAGAUGAGACUGAGGAGCGAAUACUCAGGGAAGCUCACGUGAGGGAUGCGGUUGCUGUUAUCCAGCUGCUGAUUUGGCUGGAAAAGUCUGUCCCGAAGGGGAAUGUCACCGAGCUGAGCGCUGCAGAAUAUGUCAAUUACUGUCGCAGCAAACAGAAGGACAACAAAGGACCGAGCUUUGAAACAAUCUCUGCAAGUGGACCGAACGCUGCUCUUGCCCACUACAGCCCGUCAGAAGGGACCAGCAGGAGACUGACGGUUGAUGAGAUGUACUUGGUUGACUCCGGCGGCCAGUAUCUAGACGGGACCACUGACAUCACUCGCACAGUUCACUGGGGGACACCUACAGACAUGCAAAAGGAGGCCUUCACCCGAGUGCUCAUGGGCAACAUAGAAAUAUCACAAACUGUUUUCCCCUCAGGGACAAGUGGCGUGCGUAUAGAGAUGCUGGGCCGCCGGGCUCUGUGGGAGGUGGGCCUGAACUACGGCCACGGCACCGGUCAUGGAGUGGGAAACUACUUUGGAGUUCAUGAGUGGCCAGUUGGAUUUCAGACCAACAACAUUCCCUUUAGGGCUGGCAUGUUUACGUCUAUCGAACCGGGAUAUUACAAAGAGAAUGACUUUGGCAUACGGAUUGAAGAUAUUGCUGUGACCAUACCUGUUCAUACAAAGUACGGACACAACUUCCUGACAUUUGACACUGUGUCACUGGUCCCAUACGACAGAAAGCUUAUUGACACCUCGCUCCUCAGUGCAAAACAGCUUCAGUGGCUGAAUAAAUACUACGAGACAAUUCGUCGGCUUGUGGGUCCUGAGCUGGACAAACAGGGGCUGCACGAGGAGAAGGACUGGAUGCUCAGAAACACAGAACCUUUCACCGAGGCUGGAUCCUCUGCCUCCGUCUGCUCCUCCUCCCUGACCCUCAUCGCUCUGGUCUUCGCUCUGCACAACGUCGUCUAAGGAUCGCCUCCUAUCGCACCUCUCAACAGACUUGCACUUGAAGUUACCCCUAUGCAGUCUCUCCUGAGCAGCUACACCAGGUCGACAGAUGCACAGAAAUGUUUCGGGUGUUUGUUUGUUUUUUUAAUUUAAAAUGCUAAUAUAUUUUGAAUAAUUUAAAAUAAGUGGGUAAAUAUAUAAUUUUCUGUUGUUCAAUGUUAAAAAAGGACAUUUUGUGUAAUUUUUGAAGUUAUAGCUCAUGAGGUUUUGAACUGGCCGUUUGUAUGACCAGCUAAUGUAAGGUAUAUUUUAAUAAAGUGUCACACAUUGAAACAAUGAUGUGUGCUAAAGAUGUU